AUGCACAAAGCCAGCCAGAUGAUGACCAUCGUGCACGAUCUCAACCAGCCUUACCAACUAUCAUCUGGGUGGUAUGAGCGUUUCUUGUGUGGCCAUUCUGAGUUGAAGACCGGGAAAUCUCGAAUCCUGAGCAAGGCGCGCAAUAGCUUUGACGUGGAUACCGUUGUCGACUUCUACCACGAGCUCGUGCAUUCCAUGUCUCUAGUAGGCUUCGAACACUCGCGCGUGUACAACAUGGAUGUGACCAGCUUCAGUCCAAACAAGGCCACGCCGUCGACACCGGCUCGACGUGUGGUGGACCUCAGCGACCCGCUGCCUGGUGCACCGCCGACGGCGCCACGUAACACCUACGCCAGUGUACUCGGCCGCGGUGGUAGCCACCUUCCCAGUGGCACCGUCAAGGCGACCUUGUCCCGACCCACGCGAACCAACUUGGCCAAGCUCAUGGAGCUUGCCUCGGACGAAGCGACGACUGACGAGGAAAUGUUCCAAGCGAUUGAGGCAUCUCUCCCUUACCGCAAGCGUAUUGGAACCACCACGUUUUCGAUCGAAACAAACGAACCCGAUCUUCAUCAGCUACAAGCUCACGUACUCGUCGCAGCACGACAGUUCCUGUGCACACCCCAAUAUCUGGCGGGUUUACUUUAA